UAAAAAUGCGGAACACUCUGGUGCUGUUGUGUUUAGCCUUGGCUUGCCUCUGCCACACACAGGCUGCUGUCUAUCGUCGCGGUGAUAAAAUUUCCGAAAAUUUCAAACAAUUAGAUUUGGCUCCCGAGGAAAUCGAUCCUAAUGUAGCACCUCUACCACCCAAAAUUGAAGGUGUUGAUGAAAUUACCGAUGACAUUUUAAAUGUCAAUGAUAAUGACAAUGAAAUAAUCGAUGAAGCUGGCGAAAAUGAAAUAAUCGAUGAAUCUGCCAAUGAAAUACCACAAGCCGAAUCUACUGUGGCACCUGCUGUUGCAGUUGCCACCACUGUGGCUCCUGUAACAGUGGCUGAGGCCGUUACCCCCAUCAAGGCUGAAGAAGAAGCUAAUGGUUUGGCUAAAUACUGUAAAUGUAACGAGAAUUACUGUGAUUGUUGCCGUAACUUCAAUUUGCCCUUCAUUCCCGUUAAGGGUCCUGGUUGCGCUAGAAUGACUUAUUUGGGCAAUGAGAAAAUGUCCAUCAGUUUGAAAUAUGGUGAUUUGACUUUGGCUAGCAGAACAGUGUCGAGCAAGAAAUCUCGUCCCAUUUGUGUGGGUCUUCCUGGUGGUUACUCACAAUUCUGUGGACGUGUCUAUGGUUUGUCUAAGGAAAAAAAAGCUAAGGAAAGUUUCAAGGCCUGUUUAGGUUUUGAAUUGAGAGCUGAUGAGGAAGUUGAGGCAGCAUUGAGAGUAUCCUGUUUCAAAUUUGGUCCUGAGGGUUUGAGAGUGGCCGAGGCAGAGCCAUUACCGGUUGAGACCAAUAAGGAAGAGGAUGAUGACGAUGAUGAUAUCUUUGGAUUUGGUGCUGGAGGUGAUGAUGAUGAAGAAGAUUACGAUGAGGAUGAGGAGGAUGAUGAAGAAGAGGAAGAAGCUGAUGAUGAUGCUGAUACCGGAGCCGAUGGUGAAACCGACUAUGCCGAUGAUGAUGCUGAAGAAGAAGCUCCCGUCGAUGCUGACUAUGGUGGUUUCAGUUUAGCCGGUUUACUCGAUGAAUUAGACGAUGACGAAGAUGAAGAAUCUAAUGCCAACUCUACUCCUGCUAUUGCCCCUCUAAGCACUUUGGCACCAGCUCGCAACGCUGUAGAAAGUAAAGAUGACAAAGGUACAGUCGCUGUUGCAGCUGUCGAAUCCACCGAAACUGUAGCUCCUGUAGCUGCUGCCGCUACCGCAGUAGCUGAUGAAGCUACAUCAGCCCCUGAAAGUAUGCCCGAUACCACGGCAAAAACGAAAAAAUCCAAGAAAGCCCGAAAGAAUAAGAAAAAGAAGGCUGCCGAUGCCGAGGGAGAUUUUGCUUAUGAUAUCAUCAAUGGUCUGCUGGAUUUUUUCAACUAAGCUUGCAAAGUGAAUUUGCUAGCAUGCUCGGUAAUAGUGUAAAUACUUUAUAUUGAAUUGAGUAAGACGAAGACGAAGCAAAUUUUAGUUUUAAGUUUUUGACACACACAUACAAAAAGAAAGAAAUUAUUUAUUUAUUUAAAGUAGUACAAGAAGAUGCGUUAAUUUAUUUCAAUUUAAGAUAAGAAAAUUGAAUUGUAAUUUAAUUUAUUUAUUAAAAAAAAACAAAGAAAAAUUAAAAAAUAAUAAA